AUAGGAUCUAUAUCCUUUUAAAAAUCAUGAUUUACUAUUAAAAAUUUUAAGGACUCAUAUUACUCUAACAAUAAACUCCAGGAAUAAAACAUAGCCUUUUGAUUAUCUCAUCUGAAAAUGAGGCAAAACACACUUUUUUUCUUAUUACAAUCUUAUCCUCUCCCAAGUUUUUCCUCAUGGAAAAACAAUUAGAUAAUCAGUAAUUGGGAAAAGAAGAGAAACUGGUUUAAAUAUAGUUACUGGCUUUAACUGUAUUUAAGCCCAGUUUCCCUUUUUUCUUUUUGCAAACAAUUACUAUUUUUCAUUAUAUAUUAUCUCAAUAAACAAGGACAGACCUUUGCAUUUUGUUUUGUAGCUAUCUGGACAACAUUUGCUGGAAUUGUAUAUGCUGUGUUUGAAUGUGGUUUUCUUCAGACGCUGUGUUUGAAUGUGCUUUUCUUCACUGCCUGUGUUUUUAUGCUGUGAAAGUCUUGGUCAAGGAUUGUUAUUAUGUCUCAAGUUAAUACCUGUGACAUUUUGAGUUUCAUAUUGAGGAAGAGUUUAAAACUCCUACAUGCAAAUCAGGUGCUUGUGCAGGCUGCCUCUCUGUUACCCUCAGGCGUGAAUACUUCCAGGUCUGGACACAAUAUUCGAGUUUCAUAUCCUCCAGCCCUCUCUAGAUGUUUCUCUGCUGUUUUCUGGACUCUUAAGUUUUUGAUGAAAACUAAAGCUAACUCAACGGAUGUUCUAUUUUAUAUACAAAAUUAUAUAUAUUUUAUUCUGGCUGGAUGCCUUUAGGGUUUUUUUUCCUUGAAGUUCCAAAACUAGCCAUGAUCUCCGUGGUACCUGCUGAUAAUGCUGCUAUCCUUACUCUGUUUACAGCCACCAAGCUGCCCAGCCAGUUGCCUCUGCCCUUCUUAAAUUUUGCUGAUUUGGAGCCACAAAAGGAUUUCCAAAUACUGCAUCCAUCAGCCAUACACCCCACUCACACCCAGCCCUCAGCCCUCCUCCCUGCUGACCCAGACAACUGUGAGAUCCAGACUCCCACCAUCCAUGUCCCCUGGGCCACAGAGCUCUCCGGGCACCCCGAUGAGGCUUUCUGGACACCUUCUUCCCUCCCAUGGGCAGGAGGGUGGUGACAUCCUCAAAGACUCUUGGCUCUGGGCCGCCUUUCUUCACUAGCAUUUGUGUCAUGAGGAUAGCCCUCUAGUUUUACAUUUUAUAUGGAAUUUCUCUUUUUCUUUAAAGAUCUGGGAUUUGAACACUAAGAGGAGAGAGAAGAGGGGGCAGGUGGUUGUGGUGGUGAAAAUAAACACGUGCCACCACCCACUCUGCCAGCUUUUGCUGUACCAUGUUAGUUUGGGCAGGCCCUUGUCACUCCUUUAACCUUCCCAUCGACAUUCACUCCCCUAUGGCUUGUGGAGUUUCUACCGCGUGGUGGGAAGUGCUCUUAGUGCCUUGGUCCGUGGUGAGAGAGGUAUAGCUCUUGUCCUCCGAAGCAUGCGGCCCAGUGGGUGGGCAGCAAAAGGCACUUCACGAGCACCUUCCAGAUAGAGUUUCCAUCAGUCGUACAGCCCGGUCGCACCCAACCCACAUCCCUCCUCCCUCAGGAACAUAGCAAGUGCAACCAGGAGAGACAGGGCAGAGAGGGGGGUAGGUGUGGGGUGAUGGGAGCCCAGAGGACGGCCACAGCAGAAGCAGCCAGAGUGGGGACGGGGCUGGGGGGCAUUCCAGGUGCAAGAAAGGAUGUCAGCAAAGGGUCAGGGACUCCACUUCAUGCAGUUCUACGACACACACUACUGUGGUUUAAGUUCGUUUUGUGUUUAAUCGGUAUAUGUAAAAGAAAGCUGUUUUAUUAGAUUUCAUUCAUGUAACUUCUAGGCACAAUCUUGCUACCAUUUAUGGAAUGACUACUGCAUGCCAACAUGAAUCAGGUGUUUUAACAACUCCCUACAUUUCCUAUGUGUUUUCUUUAAGGAUCUGUUAAAUUCAUAUUACUUAUUUAUAUUCUUAAUAAUUUACCUACUUAUUCAUGCUCUAAUAGAUGCCAUCAAUAUAGUUCUAUUUAAUCUUUAGUUUCAGUUUUCUUUUCUGUAUUUCAAUUUCUCUACUAUUUGGGGAAGAAAAUUGCUGUUGAUAUUAUUCUGCAGUUUCUGAUCCAUCCUCUGUUUUCAUUACUCUUUGCAAUAUCAUAAUUGAAACCUUUGUCAUUUUUAAGGCACAUGAUAUAGUGCACAAUACACUUUAUGCUCAUUCAGCCAUUUAAUCUAUGUAUAUUUUUCAGUAUAGAUUCGGAACUAUGGUCUGGGAAAGUGCUGACUUAGUGAAUUGCUAAUCCAGUGUGUAACCUUUUCUUUUUAAAGGACAAUGUAGUAUUUGCAAAUAAGUAAUGGUUCACUAUUUUGAAUAAAUAAUACACUCACGUGAAGCAAAAUUCGAAAGACAGAAAAAGGGUUGCCAUAAAAACAUUUCCCUGCCAUCUGUGUUCCAGUAUCCUGCUCUCCCCCUCAGGGACGGUAAGUGUCCCCAUCGCCUUGUGUGACUGUCACAGGUCGUCUGCCCUAUUUACAUACUUUUACUUGUAUGAGCAGAGGCAUACGAUCCGUGCUGUUUCGAACAUUUAAAACUGUAACUACAGACCUUGGAAACCAUUCCAUAUCGACAGACAAACCUGCCCCUUCUUCAGUGACCACAUAGUGUUCAUAAUAGGGAUGUGACAAAACUUACUUAGCCCACCUCUUAUUCAUAAAAAAUAUGGUUGCUUCCAAGUCUUUUGCUUAUUAAUUCAAAUAUUGGCUUUAGGUUCGUUAAACCAACCGAUGCCCUAUAUCCCCGUAUUUCCUUCUGAAGGGGUCUUCUCUGCCUUUUUUUCUGAAUAAUACUAUUCGUUUUGUGACUUUUUGUUUUCAUUGCCUGUUAGUGUCACAGGGCAACCAGCAACUGUAUCUACACAUCUUUAUAAUUCAAGUGUUCUAGCCCACAUCCACAUGAGUUCACUGCUUCUGUUGUGGAAACCGCAUUGAAAGGGCAGUGGCCCUGGUGUUAGAAGACUCCAGUCUGUGUCCUGGUGCUGCCCCGACCCUGGGCCCACAGCUCCCAAGCACAGAGGCAUGAGCGGGGAGAAUGUCACCAAGGUCAGCACCUUCAUCCUGGUGGGCUUCCCCACGGCCCCGGGGCUGCGGUACCUGCUCUUCCUCCUCUUCCUGCUCACUUACCUCUUUGUCCUGGUGGAGAACCUGGCCAUCAUCCUGACUGUCUGGAGCAGCGCCUCCCUCCACAGGCCCAUGUACUACUUUCUGAGCUCCAUGUCUUUCUUGGAGAUCUGGUACGUGUCUGACAUCACCCCCAAGAUGCUGGAGGGCUUCCUCCUCCAGCGGAAACGCAUCUCUUUCGUCGGGUGCAUGACGCAGCUCUACUUCUUCAGCUCCCUGGUGUGCACCGAGUGUGUGCUUCUGGCCUCCAUGGCCUACGACCGCUACGUGGCCAUCUGCCACCCGCUGCGCUACCACAUCCUCAUGACCCCGGGGCUGUGCCUCCAGCUGGUGGGCUUCUCCUUCGUGAGCGGCUUCACCAUCUCCAUGAUCAAGGUCUAUUUUAUCUCCAGCGUCACAUUCUGUGGCUCCAACGUCUUGAACCACUUCGUUUGUGACAUUUCCCCUAUCCUCAAGCUGGCCUGCACGGACUUCUCCACUGCUGAGCUGGUGGAUUUCAUCCUGGCCUUCAUCAUCCUGGUGUUUCCGCUUCUGGCCACCGUGCUGUCAUAUGGGCACAUCACCCUGGCUGUCCUGCGCAUCCCCUCGGCCACUGGCCGCUGGAGAGCCUUCUCCACCUGCGCCUCUCACCUCACCGUGGUCACCAUCUUCUACACAGCCUUGCUUUUCAUGUAUGUCCGGCCCCAGGCCAUUGAUUCCCGGAGCUCCAACAAGCUCAUCUCUGUUUUGUACACAGUUCUCACCCCCGUCUUGAACCCCUUGAUAUACUGCCUGAGGAAUAAGGAAUUUAAGAAUGCCUUGAAAAAAGCCUCCGGCUUGGCUUGAGCUGUGCCAUAGAGGGCAAGCUUUCUACCUUUCUGGAACUCCAUCUCGGAAUACACAACCAGCCCCUCUGAGGAGGCCAUUUGACUGUCUGCAUUAUGGUAGUACCGCCUUCAUUUAAAAAUUACUUCCAAAUCCAUUUUUCUCUUUCCAGAAAAAAACUGAGGUUGAGGUUAAUAUCAUAGGUAUUGUUGUUGGUGUUGUAAUACCAGUACUUUCUUCUUUUUAUAGAUGCGCAAAGCCAUACUUAGUAAAGCUUAAUAAAUUUUCCUCGCCUUUAAAAUGACCACGCACAUUUCAGAAAGCAGCAAAACAUGCCAGGUCAUCUGAGAUCGUAAAGUCCCCAAUAAAUUGCAGUGUGUUAAAGCACUGAAAUGUUUAACCAUGUGGCAAAAUGAGCUCCACAUGUCCCCAAAGCAAAAUGUGUCUUGGAAGAGUAAGGACACGUAGCUUUCUGUUUUAUACCCAAAGAAUGUUCUCUGAUUGUCCUGGAUGGACGCCCCUCUGCCUUUUUCCUACGUAAACCCCUACUCCGUGCCCAGUCAGCUGCUGAGAAAAUAAAAAGUGUUUUAUUAUUGCA